AGAUAAUUCUGAUGAGAGCAACGAAGACGAAACCCUUGCUAUGACUAAUGCAUCAAAAGACAACAAAAGUAAAUUCAGUCUGUGGAGUCUGUUUCGUCCCAAAUUUCUGCUCAAUAAGCUGCAAGGGUCUGCGUCAGAGGCUACGACAUAUGAGCCACUUCCUCAAGAAGAUAUAAUAGACACACGUGAUUUUGAUUGGUGGACCAAGUUUUAUGCUUCCAUAGGGGAAGGACCUCAAAUGGGCGAUGACGAAUUCGUAAAGCAAGUACAGACGCUAAAGGUCUAUGAUACGGAGUUAGAAAAACAGUCAGAAUUUAAAGGCUUUACUGACAAAUUAACGACUUUUGAGAUGUAUAAAGGAAAAAGGACUGGAGACGAUUCUAUUGACGGCGAAAAUAUUACUGGCUGUUUCAAAGGUAUGUAA